GUAAAUGUAAACGUUUUUACUAAUAACACGAAACAACAUUGUGUAGAAUUAAAGGUUCCGCUCGUGUUUCCGGGGGAACAUUUUCCUCUAAGGUCCCUACUUUGAGUACGAGGAAGUGCACAACAUAAAGCUCGCUGUUUGAAGUCUAACAUUCACUACCUUUUGUUUUGAGGAUAUAAAGAAGAAGGUAGCAGAUUUCACCAUGGAGGGAACUUCCAAAAGUGAUGCUGCUGGUCAGCCAUCUGUUGCAGCACAGGUUCCUUUCCUUCACUUGUGUACCACUUUAGAGAAAAUCCAGAAGUCUAAACUCCGUCCAGAUAAAUCCAAGAUCCUUGGUGAUUUCAUUGAGUCGUGGAGAAAGUUUCAUUCUGCCCUCCACAAAGACAAGCCCAAAACAACAGACUCUUUCUACCCAGCUAUGCGCCUCAUAGUUCCUCCUUUUGAACGCGAGCGGAUGGCAUAUGGUAUCAAGGAGAACAUGUUAGCUAAACUCUACAUCGAUGUAUUAGGCCUCCCAAAGAAUGGCCCAGAAGCCAAUAAACUGUUGAACUACCGAGCUCCGACUACAUCCCAAGGAGAAGCAGGAGACUUUGCUGGCAUGGCGUACUUUGUGCUGAAGAAACGGUGCACCAGCCAAGGAAAUCUCAGCAUCAAAGAAGUCAAUGAAUUUCUGGACUCAGUGGCUGUCAACAAUGCUAACAAGGAGAAGGAACUUGUGAAAAAGAAUCUUUUGCACCUCAUUACCCAGAGCUCGGCUCUUGAGCAGAAAUGGCUCAUCAGAAUGAUUCUGAAGGACAUGAAGCUCGGAAUCAGCAAAGAAACUGUUCUCCAAGUCUAUCACCCGGAUGCUGUUGAGCUCUACAAUGUCAACACAGACUUGAACAAGGUGUGCCAGCAGCUCCACAACCCGUUGGUGUCUUUAAGUGAAGUCUCCAUUGGAGUCUUCUCUGCCUUCAAGCCCAUGUUGGCAGCUGCAGCUGACAUCCGUAAUGUGGAGAAACAGAUGGGCAACAGCCCUUUUUACAUCCAAACCAAGCUGGAUGGGGAGCGUAUUCAGCUGCACAAAGAUGGAGACGUGUACAAAUAUUUUAGCCGAAAUGCUUUUGAAUACACACAGCAGUUUGGAGGAUCCUCAUUGGAGGGCUCACUGACUCCUUACAUCCACAAAGCUUUUAAAAGCCAUGUUGUGAACUGUAUCCUCGACGGUGAGAUGAUGGCGUACAACACAACCACAGAGAACUUCAUGCAGAAAGGGAGCAAGUUCGACAUCAAGAGGUUGAUCGAUGACUCUGAGUUACAGACAUGCUACUGUGUGUUUGAUGUGUUGUUAGUCAAUGACCAGAAGCUUGGCAAGGAAACACUGAAAAAGCGCGACGAGACCAUUCAGAAAGUUUUCACCCCAAUCAAGGGAAGAAUACACCUGGUGCCAAAGACCGAAGCCAGGACCGUGCAAGAGGUGGUGAAUGCCCUCAAUGACGCCAUAGACAACAGAGAGGAGGGGAUCAUGGUAAAGGAUCCUUUAUCCAUCUACAAACCUGACAAGCGGGGGGAGGGAUGGCUGAAAAUAAAGCCAGAAUAUGUUGAUGGCUUGAUGGAUGAGCUUGACCUGCUGAUUGUUGGCGGCUACUGGGGGAAAGGGAGACGGGGUGGUAUGAUGUCUCAUUUCUUAUGUGCCGUUGCUGAAGCUCCAAAGCCUGGCGAGAAACCUUCAGUUUUCCAUACAUUAUGCCGCAUCGGCUCUGGCUACACCAUGAAGGAAUUGUAUGACCUUGGUUUAAAGCUAGCCAAGCACUGGAAAGUCUACCGGAGAAACGACCCACCAACAUCCAUCCUGUGUGGAACAGAGAAGCCAGAAGCCUACAUCGAACCCUGCAAUUCUGUCAUCCUCCAAGUCAAGGCAGCUGAGAUAGUCGGAAGCGACAUGUAUAAAACUAACUGUACCCUGCGCUUCCCCAGGAUCGAGAAGAUCCGUGAUGACAAGGAGUGGCACCAGUGCAUGACUCUUGCAGACCUGGAGCAGUUCCGCAGCAAGGCGUCGGGGAAACUCGUCUCGAGGCACCUUCACAUCAAUGACAAUGAGCCACAAAAGAAGCGCAGGCUGGUAGCCAAACCCAAGAAGAUGGUGGGGAUCAUUGAUCACUUUAAGCCUCAGGACCUCUCUGGGGUUACCAAGGAGACAGAUAUGUUUGAAGAUGUGGAGUUCUGCAUCCUGAAUGGCACUGAGGAUCACCCCAAGGCUGAGUUGGAGAAGGGGGUGGCCAGGUGUGGAGGAAUCGUGGUCCAAAACCCAGGAAGGGACACCUACUGCGUGAUUGCUGGGUUGGAGAACAUGCGCGUGAAGAACCUGAUUUUGGCCAACCAGCAUGACGUGGUUUGGGCCUCCUGGCUGCUGGAGUGCCUGAAUCAGAAGGAAGUGGUCCCAUGGCAACCACACCACAUGAUCCACAUGUCACCCUCCACCAGGGAGCACUUUGCCAAGGAGUACGACAGCUACGGUGACAGCUACUUCGUUGACACAGAUGAGCAACAGCUGCGAGGGGUGUUUGGCCGGAUCGGCAGCGGCGACGAGUCCGUGACCGUGAACGUCGGACAGGUGGAGCAGCGUUACAGCUGGGACGACCUUCCCACCAGCAUGUUCAGACCCUUCAGCGUUUACAUGGACAACUACGCUGACAUAGGGGACCCUGAAACUGCUAUACCUGCCACAUGUUUGGACAUCAGGGCGCUGGAGUUUCGCUACCAUGGUGGAACAGUUGUGCAGAAGUUGGAGGAAGGAGUCUCUCAUGUCAUUAUCACGGAGGAAUCGAGACUUCUGGAUUUGAGGACUCUGAGGCGUAACUUUAGGAAGAAGUUUAAAAUUGUAAGAGACUCAUGGGUGACUGAUUCAAUCAAAGCCGGGUAUCUGAUGAAUGACAAUAGUUACUUGGUUUGAAGAGUCUUCUAGUGAUAUAUGCAGACUUAAGAUGACACCAGAGGAAAAUCCUCUUUUUAGCUAGCAUUUUAAUUAAAUCUUAAUAAGGUCAGUAAUAAACAAUUAAAUGAAAGCUGAACAAUAAAAACUCCAAACAGUCAAAAUCACUGUCACCCUUAAGGUCGAUUCAAAACUGCACUAUACUCAACAGGGAUGUUACUUCACGGGGGUUUCAUGCAAAACGUAAUUAAUUUUAUCUUUUGUGUUCUUAAUGGGUGAGAUGCUGAUUAGUCUUGUUUUCAGGUUUUUGUCUCCCAUUAAAUUUUAAGCUGAGCAGUUAGUAAAACAUUUACUAGAAAGGAGAGUAGGUUUCCCCUUUACCAACACUGAAGGCUUUAAUUCUAAAAACACUAUAUAUAAUUUCCAGGAAUAUAAAGGUACUGCUUCUUAAAAAUACUUUCAUUGUCUAAACUAUUCCGUUCUCAGAUUUGAAAUUUAUCCAGUAAUCCACACUGAACUGAUGUAAAUCAGUAAAUGCUGGGGAAUUUAUGAGUGUGCAACGACAAGGGAAUACUCCAUAAAUGGGAAAUAGGUCCAUUCCUUUGCUUUCAUUCUAAAGGGCCAUUCCAGAGAUCUAGUAUUGCACUCCAUUAACGUUGGAUUUAAAAAAGAAUGGUGAAAAUCAAAGCAACGGAGGCUGAGAUAUCCCAACUUAUUGUAAAAUGUAUGAGUUAAACUCCAAAAACACUGAAUCCUAUAUUUCCCAAAAAUGCAUCUGGAGAGCAUCUUUGUCAGAUCCCUCCUCGCCCUCUAAAUUCCCACGUCUUCCAAACCUCACACCUCCAGUUUGUAAUGCACCUUUUCUGUUAGAAAUUUUAAAUCUCAAGCCCAAACUUAGAUAACCCUGAUGACAUCACAGUGACACUGGCAGGGUUAUGUUUCCUAACGUUGGAGUGUUGCCUCCAGAGCCAUGGAAGACAUUAUACACCUGUUUUCACAGUCUUAGUCGUCAUCCUCAGGAUGAGGGAACUGAACAUCAUGUGUAACAUUGGUGGUGGCCUUUUAAUAUAAGAAAACAAUGGGACUGGUGCCUAAAAAAAAAAAAAAAAAUGCGUCCUCAGCCUGUGGUCUCUGCCUCUGUGCUUUUAUGUCUGUUUUAAUUACAGUUUAGGUACAACUCUAAUAACUAUUUUGGUUUGAUAAAUAUUCCAGGAACGACUGUUGUGUCCGAGUGACAAGUUAGUUUUUAAAAUUGGUAAUUAACUUAAAACGAGCAUCUGUGUGAAGCGGUGGCCUUUGCUCAGCUCUGUAGUGUGCGAUCAGCUGGCAGGGAGAGACUGAGGGACACCACAGGGGUACGUUAAAACAGGAUCAGCUCAAGGCCCUGCAACAAAGAUGUCACCAUGUUUUCCUGUCUUCAAAAAUGUCAUCAAUGUGCCUUGGGACUCAUUGAUAUGUUAUAACCUUCAUUACCAUGGCCGCUAGGGUGCAGGUAGCUGCCUGUGGUGUCCUGGGCAUUGUUGUGCGUAAAUGCCGCAUGAAUACAUUUUCAAAGUAAUAGCGAUGAGGUACCUGUUCCUAAUCAUAUAGUGUGAAUAAUGUCUACCAUUGACAUGUUGCAGAGUUCCCUGGAGGAUUUGUGGGUUUUCAUUUUUGUAAUUUUUACAUCAUUGUUAAACAAAUUCAUCAAAAUUUUACCUUUUAUGACAUUUGUGGCAGUUUAGGUGCUGGGUUAGCUGAUAAAAGUUAUGGCACUUGUCACAAAUGUCACAAAAGUAUCAAGUGUUUGAGAGAAACUGUCUUAAUUACUGGUUUAAAAAAAAAAAAAAAAAAUUAUGUGCCUCAGCAAGCACUCUGUAACCCGUCGCCCACUCUGGACUAUUUCCAGGUGAUGCAGAGUGAGUGACUGACAGGCUUUAAUUAGAGGUACUCAACCGGUGCUUAUAUCUGUGUGGCUUUGUGAGUGUGAAGCAUUGUGUCACUGCAGCGCGACCGUAAGCCUUGAAAAGUCCAACUGCGUUUCCUCUGAAAGGACCUCGCAGGAGCAGAUUAUCAGUCCUAAGGAUCUGGAGGUGGAAACGGUAGCUGCGCAAACAGCCGCUGAAAGCUAGCAUUGCAGAAAUCCCGGGUCCUAAUGGGAUAAAUGCUCUAAUUAGGCUGACUGUAGCUAUUGGAACCGGCGAGCGCACUGGACACAAGCAAAAAACAACUGGUUUGGAAGCGGCCCCUAGACGCACAAAGCAGCUGCAUGCACUCAGCUGAAAUAAAUGAGCUCCUGUGGAGACCAAACACAGGCUCAUGGCUGCAGGGAAGGUUUGUCUGCAGCAAUUAGCACGGCCCGCCCUCAAUGAAGAAAUUCAGUCGGAAACACCAGUAAAUCAAGCUUCAUGCGGGGCCUCAUUAAUCAGUGGUCAUAAAGUUCAUAAAUAAAUGACAUUUGACUAACAUCCAAGUGUGGUAAACCCUCACGGUUGAUGCGUCUAUCAGAUGCACAAACCACUUGUACCAGUAAAAGUUAGAAUCAGUCUUUUAUCUCCUAGAUAUCACAUCCUUAUCCAACUCAAGACUUAUUUAGCUGUGAAUUACAGUGUCUUGUACAUUUUGAAAAGCUCCCACUUGCUUCACUGCAGAACGUUUUUAAGAGUAAGACACACUGCCCUUUCCUAAAGUCUUUUUCACUGUGGAGAACAGGGGCCACCAGUGACAACACAAACUCUCCGCCUGGACAAAGUACAAGCAAGUAAAUGCAACGUCUUACAUUAGAAAUGAACAAACAGAACCACUAAGUAAACAGUUUUUUUUAGCAAUAACUGUAGUAAGAUAUACAUAGCAGCUAAAAACUAGACUCUGAGAUUGCUUUUUUUUCUGUAUUAAAGACCAUAUUUAAUGCUAUUGUUCUCAAUCUUUUUGGCUCGUGACCCCUAAAAGGAAUAGCCGUACAUUUUCAGAAAAGUGCUUAUUUAUUUAUUUAUUUUCAAAGAGUUAGGUGAAAAGAUCAGUACCACUCCGGUAUUUGUAUGCUGAGUUUGAAGCUGGAGCCAGGAGACAGCUAGCUUAGAUUGAACACAAGAGAAGCAAUGUGUUAAUCACUGAGCUUUAGAGAUGCUUUCAGUUGGAUUUGAUA